AUGGAAGGGUCAGACACGAAGCACAUCCUCAGGGGUGUCUGCCUGUCUAUGUGCCCUAUCCGCGAGUUGCAGGACAGGGAGGCCCAGAACUUACUGCACCGAUUUGAGGUGUUGUCGGGUACUGAGCUGGAACGCUGGCCCAGGGCUGACCCCCCAGGAGUGGUAAAGGAGUAUGCUAGACCUGCAGCAGGGAAGGACUCCACUCGACCUAGUGACCUGCGACCACCAGCUGUGCUGCUAAAGACGGUGUUCUACCUCGUCGACAACAUCGCUGCCUCCCCCACACUGCGUCCAUGGACCGAGGUGUAUGAUUUUGUCUUUGACCGGCUGCGCAGUGUGAGACAGGAUAUGAUCAUCCAGAGGGUGUCUGGUGCUGACUGUGUGGCUGUGCUGGAGAGGACAGUCCGCUUCCUGAUCUACGCCUCCUACCGGCUGUGUGGGGAGCCCCUGCGCCUUUACGACCCCCGCAUCAAUGACACCCACCUGCAGGAGAGCCUCAGCUGGCUGCUGGAAUGCUACACCAGUGGAAAGCACCCCAACCAGGAGGAGUUCCAGGCACUCGGUCUCCUCUACAACCUGGGUUCAAGCCGUGCCACACAGCACACCAUGGAGCUGCCAGAGCGGAUACGCUCCUCUCCUGUCAUGCAUCUGGCCCUGUCAGUGAGCCGGGCCUUCAUGGAACGCAACCCUGUACAACUCCUCCGAUUGGCCCACAGUCUGGACUUCCUGCAGAGCUGUGCCCUGCACCGGCACCUAGAGACCUGUCGCAGAGAGGCUGCUGAUCUACAGCCUUCAAUGCAGAGUUCCUCUAUCCAGUGUCUGUGUUCUUUUGCCCAUCUUAAUCUUUCCUUUUUAUUGGCCAGUCCGAGAGAUGGCUUUUUCUUUGCAACUCUGCCUUUCUUGACCACACAUGUUAAAAUAUUUAAGCCCUGAUGUUUAAAGUUUCAAAUGUAAUUGCCAUAAUCCAAUAAAUCCAACAGAAAUCUUACUCACUGGAGUUCUCACAUUAAAAACAGCCAGCUGUGCUGAUGACAAUGGGAACGGAAACAUUUAUUUUACCUUAAUAGUGCACUACUUUUCACCCUGAGCCCUGCGGUCCCUGGUCAAAAGUAGUGCUAUACAGUAUGUAGGGAAUAGGGUGCGAUUUGGGGCACAGUCCACCUGUCCUGACCUGUAUGGCCCUACAGUUAGGCAAGGUCUGAUGUGAAGAGAUUUGUCCAGCAUGGGAGAGAACUCACACUCAGCUGACCCAUUGGCUGGAAGGAAACCAAGGCUCUCUGACCAAGCCAGUGUCUUGGCAUCCUCUUGCCAGUCUUGACAGGACACUGACUGACCCUGACAUUGACUGGCCCUGAAAGGUGUUGCUGACGCUGCAUCUCACAAACACACACACUUACGCACGUGUACACACACACACACACACACACACACACACACACACACACACACACACACACUGAUACACAUAGACACACACUUCGCUCUCCCCUACACACACACUCUCUUUGUCGCAGGUGGAUGUCCAGGCCUGCUGGCAUGGUAAUUAGUGAGGAUGACAUCUUUCCAUGUGUUUUCAUCAUGCUGGUUCUCUCGCUCCAAGGUGACUCUCCUCUCUGUGUUCGUCCUCUUGUUUGUCCUUCCCCUCUCUCCUUCCAUCCCUCCCUCCUGCCCCCUCACAUUCAUCUCACUGAGCUCAGACAGAUGUCAGGAAGGCUCUCUGCCCACUGGUCACUCACACACUCUCUCUCUCCCUUUCUCUCCCUUUCUCUGUCUCUGUCUCUCUCUCUCUCUCUCUCUCUCUCUCUCUCUCUCUCUCUCUCUCUCUCUCUGUCUCUGUCUCUCUGUCUCUCUCUCUGUCUUGGUCUCGCUCUCUGUCUCGCCCUCUCUCUCACACAGACCUCAUACAUAAUUUAUAUUACAAACAAUCUUAUCUGCUCUGAUGCUCUCUCCCUUUCUCUCUCUCCCUGUCUGUCUGUAGUCUGAGCUCUAAUCAGUUAUAUGGCCAGAAGAGCGUCAAUGUUCUCAAGCCUUCAUGUCCCGCCUGUCAAUGAAACACAAGUCUCCUAGAUUACAGCGAACUUUGACCUCCAGGGCCCAGACUACCCAGUCACAGCUGAGGAUAGAUAGGAGCUGGGGGGUGGCAUCUGACUAUCCCAGAGCAUGCGUAACCCCUGGGGAACAGAAUGAUGUGGUGAAGUGAUUGGUGUCUGACUGCCAAGUGAGUAUUUUGCGACCUUACCUUUGCUGUUGAAACGGAGAGAAACUUACUUCCAUGAAAGGCUAACUCCACCUCCAUGGGGAAGUUGACUGUCCUUUGGUGGUUAGUAAGGUACGCGUUGGGGCCACACACACACACACACACAGACAGAGGAAUGGGAUGGGCCAGAUGGUGUGUACCCCUACUCAGGCCAAUGACUCACCCUGCUAACCCCCUCCAUCUGUCUGGGGCCCUCAGGGGGACGUGUCCUGUUCCUGUCCACUCACUGGCCUAUGAUGUCAUGCUGCCUGUGAUAUAACCACACCAUGAUGCAAUGACUCCUACUGACUCCAAGCUCUUCUCUGUCCUGGCACCCCAAUGGUGGAACCAGCUUCCCCCUGAAGCUAGGACAGCAGAGUCCCUGCCCAUCUUCAGAAAACAUUUGAAACUCUACCUCUUCAAAGAUUCAGAGUAUCUUAAAUAAUCCCUCAGCAGUCCCACUCGCUCUACCUCCUCACCUUAUAUCAGGACCCCAAUAUCCUAACAAUUCACCAAUGACCUGACAAUGUUGGAAAAUAGCAUUUUUGAAAAGUCAGGACUUUUUUCAUGUCCUGAAUUUGUUCAAAUGCUAUUUUAAGCUUAAGGGUUAGGUUGAUGGUUUUGGUGUUAAGGUUAGGGUGAAGGUGAAGGUUAGGUAAGGGGACAAAAACUGUUACCCACAAGUAGUACAGGGUGCACGGGCACAUAGACAAUUACCUCACUCAUUUUAUGAACCUCUAGCUAAAACCAAGGUACUAUUUUAAUACUUGGUAAAAAAUAGAUGAAGUGGUCCCAGAAAGCUCAAUUCCAACAAGAAUAAAGGGUAGUCCCCUGUAAUAUGUGGUCAC